CGGGUGCGCCCCGACGACGUGCACCUGCCGCCGCUGCCCGGCGUCCCCGGGCCCCGAAGGCGGCGGCGCCCCCGUGCGCCCCCCACCACCCCGCGCUCCCGGCCCGGCGAGCGCGCUCUGCUGCUGCACCUGCCGGCCUUCGGGCGCGACCUCUACCUGCAGCUGCGCCGCGACCUGCGCUUCCUAUCCCGCGGCUUCGAGGUGGAGGAGGCGGGCGCGACCGGGCGCCGCGGACGCCCCGCUGAGCUGUGCUUCUACUCGGGCCAUGUGCUAGGCCACCCCGGCUCCCUGGUCUCCAUCAGCGCCUGCGGCGCCGCCGGCGGCCUGGUCGGCCUCAUCCAGCUUGGGCAGCAGCAGGUGUUGAUCCAGCCUCUCAACAGCUCGCAGGGCUCGCUCAGCGGACAAGAACACCUGAUCAGGCGCAGAUGGUCCUUGACACCCAGCCCCUCCACGGAGGCCCCGGUCCCUGGGCCGCUCUGCCAGGUGCUCACAGAAAAGAAGAAGGCGAGGAAGGGCAGGCCGUCCCGGGACUGGCGCGAGCGGAGGAACGCCAUCCGGCUCACCACCGAGCACACGGUGGAGACCCUGGUGGUGGCCGACGCGGACAUGGUGCAGUACCACGGGGCUGAGGCUGCUCAGAGGUUCAUCCUCACUGUCAUGAACAUGGUAUACAACAUGUUUCAACACCAGAGCCUUGGAAUUAAAGUCAACAUUCAAGUCACCAAGCUUGUCCUUCUACGACAGCGUCCUGCCAAGUUGUCCAUUGGGCACCACGGUGAGCGGUCCCUGGAGAGCUUCUGUCACUGGCAGAAUGAGGAAUAUGGAGGCGCACGGUACCUUGGCAACAAUCAGGUGCCGGGAGGGAAGGACGAUACACCCCCCGUGGAUGCUGCUGUAUUCGUGACCAGGACAGAUUUCUGUGUACACAAAGAUGAACCGUGCGACACCGUUGGAAUUGCUUACUUAGGAGGUGUGUGCAGUGCUAAGAGGAAAUGUGUACUUGCCGAAGACAAUGGUCUCAAUUUGGCCUUUACCAUCGCUCAUGAGCUGGGCCACAAUUUGGGCAUGAACCACGAUGACGACCACUCGUCCUGUGCCGGCAGAUCCCACAUCAUGUCAGGAGAGUGGGUGAAAGGUCGGAACCCCAGCGACCUCUCUUGGUCCUCCUGCAGUCGUGAUGACCUUGAAAACUUCCUCAAGUCGAAGGUCAGCACGUGUUUGCUGGUCACGGACCCCAGGAGCCAGCACGCGGUGCGCCUCCCACACAAGCUGCCCGGCAUGCACUACAGCGCCAGCGAGCAGUGCCAGAUCCUGUUCGGCACCAAUGCCACCUUCUGCAGGAACAUGGAGCAUCUGAUGUGUGCCGGGCUGUGGUGUCUGGUGGAAGGAGAUGCCUCCUGCAAGACCAAGCUGGACCCUCCCCUGGACGGCACGGAGUGUGGGGCCGACAAGUGGUGCCGUGCGGGGGAAUGCGUGAGCAAGACGCCCAUCCCGGAGCACGUGGACGGCGACUGGAGCCUGUGGGGCGCCUGGAGCAUGUGCAGCCGGACGUGUGGGACGGGCGCCCGCUUCCGACAGAGGAAAUGCGACAACCCCCCCCCCGGGCCUGGAGGCACGCAUUGCCUGGGCGCCAGUGUGGAGCACGCAGUCUGUGAGAACCCGCCCUGCCCCAAGGGCCUGCCCAGCUUCCGGGACCAGCAGUGCCAGACGCACGACCGGCUGAGCAGCAAGAAGGGCCUGCUGACGGCGGUGGUGGUUGAUGAUAAGCCGUGUGAACUGUACUGCUCGCCUCUGGAGAAGGAGUCCCCGCUGCUGGUGGCCGACAGGGUCCUGGAUGGCACGCCCUGCGGGCCCUACGAGACCGACCUCUGCGUGCACGGCAGGUGCCAGAAAAUCGGCUGUGAUGGCAUCAUCGGGUCAGCGGCCAAAGAAGACCGGUGUGGGGUCUGCAGUGGGGACGGCAAGACCUGCCGCGUGGUGAAGGGCGACUUCAGCCACUCGCGGGGGACAGGUUAUAUCGAAGCUGCUAUCAUUCCCGCCGGAGCUCGGAGGAUCCGUGUGGUGGAGGACAAACCCGCCCACAGUUUUCUGGCUCUCAAAGACUCCAGGAAGAGAUCCAUCAACAGUGACUGGAAGAUUGAGCUCCCUGGAGAAUUCCAGAUCGCAGGCACGACCGUCCGCUACGUUCGCAGGGGCUUGUGGGAGAAAAUUUCUGCCAAAGGACCAACCAAAGUUCCACUGCACUUGAUGGUGCUGUUAUUCCAUGACCAGAAUUAUGGAAUCCAUUACGAAUAUACCAUUCCUGUCAACUCCACGGCUGAAAAUCAGAGUGAACCGGAGAAGCCGCAGGACUCGCUGUUCAUCUGGACUCACAGCGGCUGGGAGGGGUGCAGCGUGCAGUGUGGGGGAGGGGAACGUCGAACCAUUGUGUCCUGCACGCGAAUUGUGAACAAGACCACGACCUUGGUGAACGACAGCGACUGCCCUCCAGCAAGCCGUCCAGAGCCCCAGGUCCGAAGGUGCAACUCACACCCAUGCCAGUCACGGUGGAUGGCUGGCCCAUGGAGCCCCUGCUCAGCGACCUGUGAGAAGGGCAUUCAGCAUCGGGAGGUGACCUGUAUGUACCAGCUACAGAAUGGCACACACGUCGCCACACGGCCCCUCUAUUGCCCGGGCCCCCGGCCAGCGCCAGUGCAGAGCUGUGAAGGCCAGGACUGCCUGUCCAUCUGGGAGGCAUCUGAGUGGUCACAGUGCUCGUCGACCUGUGGGAAGGGCCUGCAGUCCCGCGUGGUACAGUGUAUGCACAAGGUCACCGGUCGCCAUGGCAACGAGUGCCCUGCCCUCUUGAAGCCAGCGGCCUACAGACAGUGCCACCAGGAGGUCUGCAAUGACAAGAUCAACGUGAACACCAUCACCUCCCCUCGCCUUGCUGCUCUGACCUACAAAUGCACUCGGGACCAGUGGACGGUGUACUGUCGGGUCAUCCGAGAAAAGAACCUCUGUCAGGACAUGAGGUGGUACCAGCGCUGCUGCCAGACGUGCAGGGACUUCUAUGCCAACAAGAUGCGCCAGCCCCCACCACCUCCAUCACCAAGCUCCUGA